CCCUCACUCACUAUAAGCCCUAGUCUCUACUUCUUUGGCCUUAGCACAUUUUUUCCUCCUGCUUCUUGCCUUAUCCACAUCCUCCGCAAAAACCCACCAAUACCCAUCUUCCAGUCUCCCGCAAGAUGGCUUCAGCUAGUGCUAUCUCCACUGCCUCCAUCCUCCCUUCACCUUCUAAACAAGGAGGAUUAAAGAAUAGGAGAGUGAGCCAAUUGCAGCAGGGGCAGAAGUUUGGUCGGAAGCAAGCCAAGAAUCGGUUUGUGGUGAGGGCCAAUGCUAAGGAAAUUGCAUUUGACCAGAAGUCCAGGGCUGCAAUGCAGUCCGGUAUUGAUAAGCUUGCUGAUGCUGUCGGUCUUACUCUUGGUCCCAGGGGAAGGAAUGUUGUCUUGGAUGAAUUUGGGUCCCCGAAGGUGGUAAAUGAUGGGGUAACGAUUGCACGAGCCAUAGAGUUGCCUAACGCUAUGGAAAAUGCUGGUGCUGCUUUGAUUAGGGAGGUUGCUAGCAAGACAAACGAUUCUGCAGGUGAUGGGACUACUACGGCAUCUGUUCUUGCCCGUGAAAUCAUCAAACUUGGCCUUCUGAGCGUUACCUCUGGUGCCAAUCCAGUUUCAUUGAAGAAGGGCAUUGAUAAAACUGUGCAGGGUUUGAUUAAUGAGCUUGAGAACAAAGCCAGGCCCAUUAAGGGUCGAGAAGAUAUCAAAGCUAUUGCAUCGAUCUCUGCGGGAAAUGAUGAGAGUAUUGGUACAAUGAUUGCUGAUGCCAUAGACAAGGUUGGACCAGAUGGUGUCUUAUCCAUUGAGUCAUCAUCUUCCUUUGAGACCACUGUCGAUGUAGAAGAAGGAAUGGAGAUUGAUAGAGGAUACAUAUCCCCACAGUUUGUUACCAAUCCUGAGAAGCUCCUUGUUGAAUUCGAGAAUGCUAGAGUACUGGUUACAGACCAGAAGAUUUCUGCGAUAAAGGACAUCAUUCCCUUGCUAGAGAAGACCACACAGUUACGAGCACCUUUACUUAUUAUUGCAGAAGAUGUUACUGGGGAGGCUUUGGCUACUCUUGUUGUAAACAAGCUCCGAGGAAUUUUGAAUGUGGCCGCCAUCAAAGCACCUGGUUUUGGAGAAAGAAGAAAAGCCCUUCUUCAAGAUAUUGCCAUUGUGACAGGGGCGGAAUAUCAAGCUACUGAUUUGGGCUUGCUAGUGGAGAAUACUGAUAUAGACCAGUUGGGUUCGGCAAGAAAGAUUACAAUCAACAAAGAAUCCACAACCAUCAUCGCUGAUGCUGCAUCAAAGGAUGAGCUGCAGGCUAGGAUCGCUCAACUUAAAAAGGAGUUGUCUGAGACUGAUUCAGUUUAUGACUCUGAGAAACUUGCUGAAAGAAUCGCAAAACUCUCUGGUGGGGUUGCUGUAAUCAAAGUUGGUGCUGCAACAGAAACUGAACUUGAGGACCGCAAACUUCGCAUUGAGGAUGCUAAGAAUGCAACUUUUGCUGCCAUUGAGGAAGGUAUUGUGCCAGGUGGUGGUGCUGCACUAGUCCAUCUCUCAACUCAUGUUCCUGCCAUCAAGGACAAGCUCGAAGACGCAGAUGAGCGACUAGGUGCUGAUAUUAUCCAAAAGGCGCUAAUAGCACCCGCAUCUUUGAUUGCUCAAAAUGCUGGGGUUGAAGGUGAGGUGGUCGUCGACAAAGUGAAGGCUGGUGAAUGGGAGUUUGGUUAUAAUGCAAUGACUGAUGCAUACGAGAAUUUGGUAGAAGCUGGAGUUAUCGACCCAGCCAAGGUGACAAGAUGUGCCUUGCAAAAUGCAGCUUCCGUCGCCGGUAUGGUGCUCACCACCCAAGCCAUUGUGGUGGAGAAACCCAAGCCAAAAACACCUGCAGCAGCAGCAGCAGCUGGAGCUCAACAAGGCAGUGACGGCUAUUACUCUGUGUGAUCAAACGAUUAUGUAGUUUUUGUGUAGGAUACGUCUGAGUACCGGGUUAGGUCUACGUGAGAGAUCUCGUGUUAUCGAUUAGAGGGAUAGAUCCUGCCAUUGUGAUGGGUUUUGAGGAUUUGAGGUGAAAGUGUAAACAGUUUUGUCAUUUGAUGGAUUCAAGUGUAACUGGUACUCGUCCAAAAUUCGAUCCUUGAAGCAUUAGACAAUAAAUCUUGAGAGCCCUUCAA